GGGGCACACCUAGAGCCUGCAACAAGCUGGGAGAAAAACGAUCAGUCUUUCAACCUGACAGGUGGUUCCUGAAAUACUGCUGGAAGGGUUAAGAAGAAGCUACAGCAUUUGUGAUUCUCCUGGUAUUUAGUGUAACAACUCUCAGAACAAGGUCUCUGUGGAUACAUCUGGCUGUCCUAGUGAGCGUCCCUGCUGGUUCUCCAUUCUGCAUCCGUGCAGCCACGUUCUAUUGAUGGCCUGUUGUGAUUUCAAUGGAACAUCAUGGGAUGUACCUGGCACGUCGGGCAGCACUGGAUGGAGGUGCCUUUAGCCCAAUGUACCUGGCAUGUACUGUUAGCUCACUGUUCAGGUGCUCGGUGUCUAGCCUUCUCAUCCAGCUACAAAUCCUCUACGUGAAAUGAGUGAUUCCUUAGAUCUGUUUUUGAUUGAUUCUUUGCUUCACUGGUGUUGCUUCUUAAAAGGUGGUAAGGUGAAGGUGAGAGGAAGAGAAGGUGGAGAUGGAACUGCCAAAUCAUGCCAAACAACUGCUACUGCAGCUGAACCAGCAACGAGCCAAAGGUUUCCUCUGUGAUGUGAUCAUUGUGGUAGAAAAUGCCCUGUUUCGUGCCCAUAAGAACAUCCUGGCAGCCAGCAGCAUGUAUUUCAAAUCCCUUGUCCUGCAUGACAACCUGAUAAACUUAGACACCGACAUGGUGAACCCCACCGUGUUCCGGCAGAUCUUGGACUUUAUUUAUACUGGUAAGCUCUUAACGACUGACCAGCCUGGUGAACAGAACUUUAAUGCUCUCCUCACCGCAGCAAGCUACCUCCAACUGCACGACCUGGCAGCUCUCUGCAGAAAGAAGCUGAAGCGGAACGGCAAGUCCUUUGCUGGCAAGGCCGGUGGCCUUGGUGUUGGGAGAUCUGCCAGGAGUCAGAGACUUUCCACCGCUUCAGUCAUCCAAGCUCGCUAUUCAGGGUCAAAUGAGGGGCUGAAGGGCUCGCACUCAAAGGAGCUGUCAAAGGGAAAGCUCUCUGAUGACGAGGUCUUCAUCAGCAGCUCCAACCAAGAGAACUGUCACUCCUUAAGCAGGGGAACCAGCAAGAACGGCGGUGGGAGCAGCAGUGCGAAUGGGAGCACCGGUGACCAGGAGCUAGGCCUCGACCUGUCCAAAAAAAGCCCCUCGCUCCCUGUCGCGGCCUCCCACGAUGACACGCAGCACAGCGAAAGCCAGCACGGCUCUCCCCAAUCUGCCUCAGCCCCUGCAGCCAACAGUGCCUCAUCGUUCGACGAGCCUGGCGUCGGAGCCCCCCACAGCAUGGCGGACAGCAGCGACCCCAUGGACAUGGAUCUGAGCGAGGAGUGCCACCACUCACUGACGGAGAGCGGCCAGCGCAAGGGCCUCCGGCACUCGGCCCGCAAGAAGGAGUGGAUCAAGAAGGACAGCGCCUUUGACCGAAAGGAAGGGGGCAAAGACAGGGACGAGGGUGAAGGGCUGCCCAACGGUAUCCUGCUGGGGCCCUUGUCCAAGUCUGUGGAGAGGAGUCUGGCCGGGGCCUACGGGGCAGACCUGCCCUACCCGUGUAAGGAGGAGGUAGAAAACGGUAAGGAGAACAGUGACGACAGCGGCCAGAGCGAGAGCGAGAGCGGCGGCCAUACCAGUGCCAACUACGUCUACCGGCAGGAGGGGUUUGAGCCAGUGGCCUACGGUGACAACCUGUAUGUCUGUAUCCCCUGUGGCAAAGGCUUCCCGAGCUCUGAGCAGCUCAAUGCCCACGUGGAAACGCACACCGAGGAAGACCUUUACAUCAAGGAGGAAGGCACGUACGGCAGCAAGGACGAAGCUGAGGAUUUGUCCAACCCCAACCAGUCCUAUGCUGCGGAGUCCCGGCCCUUCAAGUGUUCGGUGUGUGAGAAGAGCUACAAGGAUCCAGCCACGCUGCGGCAGCACGAGAAGACUCACUGGCUGACGCGGCCCUUCCCUUGCAACAUCUGCGGCAAGAUGUUCACGCAGCGGGGCACCAUGACACGGCACAUGCGCAGCCACCUGGGGCUCAAGCCCUUUGCUUGUGAGGAAUGUGGGAUGCGCUUUACCCGGCAGUACCGACUAACAGAGCAUAUGCGUGUCCACUCAGGAGAAAAACCUUACGAAUGUCAACUGUGUGGUGGGAAAUUCACCCAGCAGCGCAAUCUGAUCAGCCACCUGCGAAUGCAUACCUCUCCCACAUAAGCCAAAGACUCCAGAAUGAGCUUCAAGCCCAUCCGCAGUGAUUUACCUUUCUGUAGACUUGCUGCUU